UCCAACUGCCAUACCUUUCCUUGAUACAGUAGUGAGUAACCACAGGACCUCCUCCAAGAUGGAAGCUAGUCUCUCCAGAAACUAGGAAAGGAGUCAGCCUUUCAUUCACCCCAUGAAGUAGUCCAAGAGUCAGAGUCCAAGUUGCAGUUAAGCUCCAAGUCCCCAGUCCAAGCCAAAGUCUCCAGCAAAGCUCCUUUGAAGACUAAUUCCAGAAGACACUCUCUUCAAACUAUCUUCUCAAAGACAAUCUGCUCUGAGGGAGUUUGGGGCUUGCUUUUAUGGUGCUGAAGGUGUUAACUCUUAUCAAAGGCCUCUGAAGGUGUCAACUCUGAUCAAAGGAUUCACAAGUUUCUGGAGUUAUCAUCCAUUUUAUUAAGUAAGACACAGCAGAGACAGAAUGGGCCAAAGAAGAAACCACGGGCAAAUUUUCUUCAAUCAUCUCCUCGUUCAUCUUCCUGGACAGCAAUUCAUUCAGAUUCAUUGUUUAAACAGAAAUCUGGUCUAUCAAAACCAUUGGAUCAGUCAAGAUAUGAAAAGCCUGUCCAAAGACCAUUACAGCAAAAUUCAUCUCCUCAACAGAAGAUAAGAGCAAAAUCUUCAUUCCAAUUUCUUGUAAACUCACCACUUCAACAAAGAUUUCCCAAAACCAACAAAUCCCCAAUUCCAAAAAUUCAACAAAAACAAAGGCUAUCAAAUUCUCCCCAUAAAACUCAUCAAAGUUCCCCUGCAAAUCCAAAUAGACAAUCAACAUUUCAGUUCAUUUCACAGAAUCAGCAAAAAACCCUCUCAAGUCAACAAAAACAGCAAAUCAAACCAGCAAAACAGAACAAACAUGUUCUACAAAAACCUCAGACUAAAAUAGUCACAAAAAGGAGUUCUGAUCUACAAAAAACUGCCAGAAAAACAGCAGCACUGAGGAAAAGACUUUCACAAAAACAAGGGCCCAAAGUGACCACAAAGGGGAAGCGGGCUACACAAAAGUCUCUUGGGAGAACAGAAGCACCUAGGAAAAGGCUUCCAGCAAAACGAUGGCCCAAAGCGACCACCAAAAGGAAGCUUGUUUCACAAAACCCUCAGACCAAAACAGCCACAAAAACAAAGUUGCCUAAAAGAGGGCCCAAAUGUAGACUUGUUCAAAAGAAUCCAUCACCCAAAAGAAAACCCAAAUUUGGAUUUCAUUCAAAGAAACAACCACCUAAAAAAGGCCCCAAACACAAAUUUGAUCCACGAAAGUCUCCCAAAAGAGGACAGCGGCAACUUCGACCUGGUUCACUUCAUUUUGAUCCACAUUCAUCUAAGCCAUGGAGACCUGACCACCAUCAUUGUGAUCCAAAUGUUCACCAUCAACCUAAUUCCCAUCAUCGGCUAGGAGGAAAACCAACAAUAUCUAAACCAACAACCAAACCUUACAUUGCUCUCACAACUAUCAAAUCUAGCAUUACUAUUAAACCUACUACCAGCAAUGCCACCAAAUAUACUACCAAGAGAAAAUCUACUACUGUUACCACCAAAUCUACUAAAACCACCAGUUCAACUAUCAAACCUGCUAUCACCAAAUCUUACUCCAUUGCCACUAUACCAACUACUUCCGUAUCUUCUACCUCUAAGAAAACCAAAACUACCGCCAAACCUUCCUUGAUCACCAAAUCUACCACUAAACCUGCUACCACCAAAUUAACAACUCUUAGGACCACUGUCACGAAAACUGCUAGCACCAAAAAACCUAUGUCCACAGCUACUACCUCUGUAAAAUCCACCACAAACAUCAAAUCUGCCACCCCUUCUGCCAUAUCUGCUAUCGCCAAGAAAUAUAGCCCUUCUACCAUAUCUCCUAAACCCUCAAAUGUCAUUAAAACUACCACUAAAUUAACUAUUACCAAGUCUUCCAUUUUAUCAAAAACAUCUACUUCCAAAAAAUCAACUCCCAAUAACACUAUGCACCAAAACCCUACCACCAGCACUACCAUUUCCAUCAAACCAGCAAUGACCACAUCAGCCAAAACAAGCAGAACCAUCAAAUCUACCAGUACACUGACCAGUUCCCUAAAAUCCACCACUGUUGCAAAAACUACCACCAACAACCUUGGUGCCUCUAUAGCUUCUUUCUCUAGGCCUGUGCCUAACAAUGCAACAUCACUUACUAUUGCCACCACCCCAGCUAUUAUAUCUAAUGCCAGGAGCACUGCAACUUCGAUGACCAUUCCCUCAACCACAACUAUUUCUGCUCCUACCACAUUCACCUCAAUGGUGGUUGCUCCCACUGGCCCCACAUAUCUCGUCUCUAACAUAACCUCUUCAGGUACCUUGUCUCUUACCACAAGCACAGCAAUGGCUACUAGCACUUCUGAUACCUCUACCAUCACCUCUCUAACAACCACUUCUACCACCAGUUCCACACCUAUUACCACCACCACUAUUGCCACUGGGUGCACAGCUGCUGUCUCUAACACAACAAUGGCAGGGACUCAAUUUGCCACCAUUAGCAUCAACUCUUAUACAACAACCACUGAUAGAGUUAGUACCACAUCUGCUGUCUCCACAACUGCCCCUACCACACAAGCUACCACCACCUCUUCUGACACCUCAGCUACAACAUCUACCACAUCCACCACUGCUGCCUCUUCAGCCACACCUGCUACUACCACUGCUAACAUUGGGGUCACUUCUGUUGCCACCAGCCCCUCAUCAGCUGCUUCUUCUAUUCCUGCAACAUCUAUUGCUACCACUAGUUUCUCUAGCCCACUGGUGUCCUCUGCAACAGACUCCUCAGGAAUCACAUCUAUCCCUUCUACACCUAUUGACACUUACAUCCUCACCACCAUGGGCACCACAUCUGAAGCAAUUAAAAAGUCUCUUUCCUCUACAACAGUUCUUGUCACCACUGUCUCUUCCUCCACUGCAGCCAAUCCCACUAGCACCACCUCUGCUGCCUUGAACACAACUGAAAGCACCACACCUGCUGUCUCCACAACUCCCCCUACCUCACAAGCUGCCACCACCUCUUCUGACACCUCAGCUACAACAUCUGCCACAACCACCACUGCUGCCUCUUCAGCCACACCUGCUACUACCACUGCUAACACUGGAGUCACUUCUGUUACCACCAGCCCCUCAUCAGCUGCUUCUUCUACUCCUGCAACAUCUAUUGCCACCACUAGUGGCACCACUGCAUCUUCCUCUAUAACAACUGUUCCCACUAGCACCACCUCUGCUGCCUUAAGCACAACUGAAGGCACCACAUCUCCUACCACUACCACAGCUGUGGCUACUAACACUUCUGUUACCUCUAUGAUCACCCCUCAAACAACCACUUCUACCAUUUACACCACACCUAUUACCACCACCACUAUUGCCACUGGGUCCACAGCUGCUGUCUCUAACACAACAAUGGCAGAGACUCAAUUUGCCACCAUUAGCAUCAACUCUUAUACAACAACCACUGAUAGAGUUAGUACCACAUCUGCUGUCUCCACAACUGCCCCUACCACACAAGCUGCUACCACCUCUUCUGACACCUCAGCUACAACAUCUACCACAUCCACCACUGCUGCCUCUUCAGCCACACCUGCUACUACCACUGCUAACAUUGGGGUCACUUCUGUUGCCACCAGCCCCUCAUCAGCUGCUUCUUCUAUUCCUGCAACAUCUAUUGCUACCACUAGUUUCUCUAGCCCACUGGUGUCCUCUGCAACAGACUCCUCAGGAAUCACAUCUAUCCCUUCUACACCUAUUGACACUUACAUCCUCACCACCAUGGGCACCACAUCUGAAGCAAUUAAAAAGUCUCUUUCCUCUACAACAGUUCUUGUCACCACUGUCUCUUCCUCCACUGCAGCCAAUCCCUCUAGCACCACCUCUGCUGCCUUGAACACAACUGAAAACACCACAUCUCCUACCACUACCACAGCUGUGGCUACUAACACUUCUAGUACCCCUACCACCAUCCCUCCAACAACAACUUCUACCAUUAGUACCACACCUAUUACCACCACCACUAUUGCUACUAGGUCCACAGCUGCUGUCUCUAACACAACAAUGGCAGGGACUCAAUUUGCCACCAUUAGCAUCAACUCUUAUACAACAACCUCUGAUACACUUAGCACCACUUCUGUUGCCUCCACAACUACCCCUACCACACAAGCUGCCACCACCUCUUCUGACACCUCAGCUACAACAUCUGCCACAACCACCACUGCUGCCUCUUCAGCCACACCUGCUACUACUACCACUGCUAACACUGGAGUCACUUCUGUUACCACCAGCCCCUCAUCAGCUGCUUCUUCUACUCCUGCAACAUCUAUUGCCACCACUAGUGGCACCACUGCAUCUUCCUCUAUAACAACUGUUCCCACUAGCACCACCUCUGCUGCCUUAAGCACAACUGAAGGCACCACAUCUCCUACCACUACCACAGCUGUGGCUACUAACACUUCUGUUACCUCUAUGAUCACCCCUCAAACAACCACUUCUACCAUUUACACCACACCUAUUACCACCACCACUAUUGCCACUGGGUCCACAGCUGCUGUCUCUAACACAACAAUGGCAGAGACUCAAUUUGCCACCAUUAGCAUCAACUCUUAUACAACAACCACUGAUAGAGUUAGCACCACAUCUGCUGUCUCCACAACUGCCCCUACCACACAAGCUGCCACCACCUCUUCUGACACCUCAGCUACAACAUCUGCCACAACCACCACUGCUGCCUCUUCAGCCACACCUGCUACUACCACUGCUAACACUGGAGUCACUUCUGUUACCACCACCCCCUCAUCAGCUGCUUCUUCUACUCCUGCAACAUCUAUUGCCACCACUAGUGGCACCACUGCAUCUUCCUCUAUAACAACUGUUCCCACUAGCACCACCUCUGCUGCCUUAAGCACAACUGAAGGCACCACAUCUCCUACCACUACCACAGCUGUGGCUACUAACACUUCUGUUACCUCUAUGAUCACCCCUCAAACAACCACUUCUACCAUUUACACCACACCUAUUACCACCACCACUAUUGCCACUGGGUCCACAGCUGCUGUCUCUAACACAACAAUGGCAGAGACUCAAUUUGCCACCAUUAGCAUCAACUCUUAUACAACAACCACUGAUAGAGUUAGUACCACAUCUGCUGUCUCCACAACUGCCCCUACCACACAAGCUACCACCACCUCUUCUGACACCUCAGCUACAACAUCUACCACAUCCACCACUGCUGCCUCUUCAGCCACACCUGCUACUACCACUGCUAACAUUGGGGUCACUUCUGUUGCCACCAGCCCCUCAUCAGCUGCUUCUUCUAUUCCUGCAACAUCUAUUGCUACCACUAGUUUCUCUAGCCCACUGGUGUCCUCUGCAACAGACUCCUCAGGAAUCACAUCUAUCCCUUCUACACCUAUUGACACUUACAUCCUCACCACCAUGGGCACCACAUCUGAAGCAAUUAAAAAGUCUCUUUCCUCUACAACAGUUCUUGUCACCACUGUCUCUUCCUCCACUGCAGCCAAUCCCUCUAGCACCACCUCUGCUGCCUUGAACACAACUGAAAACACCACAUCUCCUACCACUACCACAGCUGUGGCUACUAACACUUCUAGUACCCCUACCACCAUCCCUCCAACAACAACUUCUACCAUUAGUACCACACCUAUUACCACCACCACUAUUGCCACUAGGUCCACAGCUGCUGUCUCUAACACAACAAUGGCAGGGACUCAAUUUGCCACCAUUAGCAUCAACUCUUAUACAACAACCUCUGAUACACUUAGCACCACUUCUGUUGCCUCCACAACUACCCCUACGACACAAGCUGCCACCACCUCUUCUGACACCUCAGCUACAACAUCUGCCACAUCCACCACUGCUGCCUCUUCAGCCACACCUGCUACUACCACUGCUAACACUGGAGUCACUUCUGUUACCACCAGCCCCUCAUCAGCUGCUUCUUCUACUCCUGCAACAUCUAUUGCCACCACUAGUGGCACCACUGCAUCUUCCUCUAUAACAACUGUUCCCACUAGCACCACCUCUGCUGCCUUAAGCACAACUGAAGGCACCACAUCUCCUACCACUACCACAGCUGUGGCUACUAACACUUCUGUUACCUCUAUGAUCACCCCUCAAACAACCACUUCUACCAUUUACACCACACCUAUUACCACCACCACUAUUGCCACUGGGUCCACAGCUGCUGUCUCUAACACAACAAUGGCAGAGACUCAAUUUGCCACCAUUAGCAUCAACUCUUAUACAACAACCACUGAUAGAGUUAGCACCACAUCUGCUGUCUCCACAACUGCCCCUACCACACAAGCUGCCACCACCUCUUCUGACACCUCAGCUACAACAUCUGCCACAACCACCACUGCUGCCUCUUCAGCCACACCUGCUACUACCACUGCUAACACUGGAGUCACUUCUGUUACCACCAGCCCCUCAUCAGCUGCUUCUUCUACUCCUGCAACAUCUAUUGCCACCACUAGUGGCACCACUGCAUCUUCCUCUAUAACAACUGUUCCCACUAGCACCACCUCUGCUGCCUUAAGCACAACUGAAGGCACCACAUCUCCUACCACUACCACAGCUGUGGCUACUAACACUUCUGUUACCUCUAUGAUCACCCCUCAAACAACCACUUCUACCAUUUACACCACACCUAUUACCACCACCACUAUUGCCACUGGGUCCACAGCUGCUGUCUCUAACACAACAAUGGCAGAGACUCAAUUUGCCACCAUUAGCAUCAACUCUUAUACAACAACCACUGAUAGAGUUAGUACCACAUCUGCUGUCUCCACAACUGCCCCUACCACACAAGCUGCUACCACCUCUUCUGACACCUCAGCUACAACAUCUACCACAUCCACCACUGCUGCCUCUUCAGCCACACCUGCUACUACCACUGCUAACAUUGGGGUCACUUCUGUUGCCACCAGCCCCUCAUCAGCUGCUUCUUCUAUUCCUGCAACAUCUAUUGCUACCACUAGUUUCUCUAGCCCACUGGUGUCCUCUGCAACAGACUCCUCAGGAAUCACAUCUAUCCCUUCUACACCUAUUGACACUUACAUCCUCACCACCAUGGGCACCACAUCUGAAGCAAUUAAAAAGUCUCUUUCCUCUACAACAGUUCUUGUCACCACUGUCUCUUCCUCCACUGCAGCCAAUCCCUCUAGCACCACCUCUGCUGCCUUGAACACAACUGAAAACACCACAUCUCCUACCACUACCACAGCUGUGGCUACUAACACUUCUAGUACCCCUACCACCAUCCCUCCAACAACAACUUCUACCAUUAGUACCACACCUAUUACCACCACCACUAUUGCUACUAGGUCCACAGCUGCUGUCUCUAACACAACAAUGGCAGGGACUCAAUUUGCCACCAUUAGCAUCAACUCUUAUACAACAACCUCUGAUACACUUAGCACCACUUCUGUUGCCUCCACAACUACCCCUACCACACAAGCUGCCACCACCUCUUCUGACACCUCAGCUACAACAUCUGCCACAACCACCACUGCUGCCUCUUCAGCCACACCUGCUACUACUACCACUGCUAACACUGGAGUCACUUCUGUUACCACCAGCCCCUCAUCAGCUGCUUCUUCUACUCCUGCAACAUCUAUUGCCACCACUAGUGGCACCACUGCAUCUUCCUCUAUAACAACUGUUCCCACUAGCACCACCUCUGCUGCCUUAAGCACAACUGAAGGCACCACAUCUCCUACCACUACCACAGCUGUGGCUACUAACACUUCUGUUACCUCUAUGAUCACCCCUCAAACAACCACUUCUACCAUUUACACCACACCUAGUACUACCACCACUAUUGCCACUGGCUACACCAACUGCCACAACCACCACUGCUGCCUCAUCAGCCACACCUGCUACUACCACCGCUAA